GAAUACCUCUGCUAGCCUACUUGUCAUGAUGUCAAAGGAAUGACAACCUAAACGUGGCAUCCAUCUAUAAAUUUAUUGGUAGUUGCACUGCGCCAUGUUCGCCGGUUUUGAUUACCUGAUUUGGGUUUGAAAUCGUUCUCAGUAGACCGGGUGCAUCGGAAACUUUAAGAGAGCUGUUUCAUCCGGAUCUGAAGUGUUCAUUCCAGUUUUUCUUGAAGAUAUUUAUGUUUAAUCUGACGAGAAAAAAUCGCCGAUUAAUUAAAAAUAAUAAAGUGGGGCUGUGGAAUUGAUAAAGGGUGUUGUACUCGAACUAUUUCAUGAUUAAGUUGGUUGUACUCAUUCAUAAGAUAAAUUUAUUUGACUUUACCUAGGUUAGUGUAAAUUAUUUUCGUAGCUUGUAUUAUUGUGUAGUUACCUUAGAUAGUACAGACAAGCAAAUAUUAUAUAAACUUAACAAUUCUCAAGUUUGCAGUACAAAAAAUGGAUUUCGAUUUAGUGGUUACUGCGUCACCUAAUUAUUAAUAAUGGCUCAACUUGUCUCUACGUAAAUCUUCGUUGUUUUUGUACCGGGAAAUUGAGGGUUUAUGAACAUUAUCACUGGACUUCAUAAACUACAAACGAAAAAGAUGAAACUAUUCAACUGGAUUGAUAGCGUACAUUGGUUUUCUAAGAUUCAUGCAAAAUAAUGAGGUUAUUGUCAUUAUUUUCUAUUAAUGUCCUAAUUUCCUGAACAUUGUAGCUUUUACUGCUGAUAUCACAGAAUCUGUUCCUGUCCAAUCGGCCCGUCAGCACAAAGCUGAGAAUGUCGAUAAAAAUAUCUCAGAAAAUAGUUUCUCUCUAAACACUGGGAUCGAUCGUGAUGGCGAAGCAGUCUUUCACACAACUAAAUCACCAACUGAUGGAGCAACCGUAGAGGAUAGCGAAUUAGAGGAAGAGUCAGAAGACAUGAGACUUGACGAUGAUGAAGAGUUUGAAGGUUUGUCACCCAAUCAACCAAUUCUAAAUACCGAUAAAACAAAAAAUGGUAAACGAAAUCUGAUAAUUGCAAAGGUCCCACAUCAUCUUACUCGUUCAUGGGACAAUUUUCAUUUGGAAAUGCUUUUUGUACUAGCCUUAAUGAUAUAUACGUUGAAUUUUGUAAUCGGACGUUCCAAAAAUACACAGUUGGCAAACACUUGGUUUUCUGCUCAUCAGCCAUUAUUAGAAACUAAUUUUGCUGUAGUUGGUGACGAUGGUCUAGCUGAACCUGGAACUGGGACAUUGAUGAAGGAAUCAGAACAUUUAUAUUCUCUUUGGUGUACCGGAAGUGUGCACUGUGAUGCGAUGCUAAUUGAACUGCGUUUAAUCAAGCGUCAAUGCUUAUUCUUCGCAAUUGCCAACUGGAUAAGACCGGUUCAUGAUAGCAUUGUAGUGAAAGUAAUUAUGGACGAUUCUGAAAUGGAUGGUUGGGUCAUGGCGGUUGGUCGUAAGCGUCGUCUUCAAGCAUUAGCAAAAGAUCAUCAAGAUUUAGCUGUAUACUGUCCAGACAAACGUGGACAACGGCAUUCAUACCUACCAGAAUCUUUCAUGUUUUUAAAUGAGAUUCCAGAAGUUAUCCCGGCAAUUUUCAAUCCUCUUGUUUGUAAAUUUCUGAAUGAUUUUGAAGAAUCAAUCGAAUAUUUAUUUUUCUCCGAUCAGUAUAGUGGACCGAAACCUCCCCAAGAAGAUACAAAUACUCCUGCAAAACCUCCAGUUACACAGAAAGCGCUUAUUUUUGCUUUCAGAUAUGUUCCAACAACAACAAAGUCAAAAUCUUUCUCAACAUCAUUUACAUCAUCAAAUAAUAAUGGUAAUGGUAAUCUUAAUAUUCAUAAUCAACACCACCAACAACCAAUCGAAUCGGCUACUGCCUUAUUCCAUUUUAUUUUUUAUGUGAUUGAAAAAGUUCGGCGAUUUCGUCUUAGUAAAGAGGGCAAGGCUAAAUCUGAACGAAAUAGGCAACGUGCACAUGAUUCACAUCUUAAGUUAAUGCACAGUCAACGACAGGAAGCAGCUCAAAAUCGUCGUGGUGAACGCCUACGAGCUGCUAAGGAGCGUAUAAUGGCUGAGGAUGAUCCUGAGAAAGCUCGAAAGCUUGAGGAGAAAGAACAACGUAAAGAAAAAUCAAAGAAAAUGCCAAAAAUGAAAAUGCUCAAAAUGAAAUAAUAGCAAUAGUAGUAUUAGUUGCCGACGUUUACGAAAGAUAAUAUCAUCAUGCCAGAUAAGUGAAUAAUGUUUAAAAAAAGAAAAAAACAGCUCGAAGUUUGGAUGGUACUAUUAAUCGAUAUCAAUACAAACACCACACCCAAAUCAACCUAAUAUGUAACCCAACUGAAAAAUUUUGUCCGGCUAGUCGUUGUUGUUUUUUUUUAUUAUAUUUUAGUGUUCCUUCCAUUUAUCAACAAAACCCACCACCACCAUUGUCUUUUUAUCCUUCUGUUCUAAAAAAUUCAUCUCAUUCGUUUUUUUUGUUUGUUAGAUAAUAGUCACCUCAUCACGCACAUAUACACACAUACCAAAUAUAUAUGUUUCCUCUACACAGAAAUUUAAAAAAAGAUUAUAAUAAUUACAGUAUUCUUUUGUAAUAGUUUGCAUGAUUUCCUCUUCUAUACCAUAAAUUGGUACGUUCGUGUGUUUGAUAUUGACUAUGAAGUAUAAAGUUCAUUGGUGCGUACAAAUAAUAACUAUCCUCCUAUAUUCUUUAUAUUAUUUUUUUUUCACUCUAUCCUAUCCUUGUGCUUUAAGCGCAAGAUAUAUAUAUAUAUAUAUAUAUAUAUAUAUAUAUAUAUA